ACAAGGCCCGGCCCAUCGAGCAGUAGAUGGGCUCCGCCGCCGACACCACAACACCACCACGACUCGUCGUCGCGCUCCUCCCAGAACCCUCGCCGCCGCCGCCCGCCGGAGCUCCGGUGACGCAGUUCUUCAGAGGCCAUGGACCACGACAGGUUGAAUUCACCGAGCACAUCGGCUAUUUCGCUGGAAGUGAUGGGCCACCGGCUACAUAUUUCACAGGAUCCAAACUCCAAGCACCUUGGAACCACAGUCUGGGAUGCAUCGAUGGUGUUUGUCAAGUUCUUGGAAAAGAAUAGCAGAAAAGGUCGGUUUUGUCCAUCCAAGAUGAAAGGAAAAAGGGUGAUUGAAUUAGGAGCUGGCUGUGGUCUAGCUGGCUUUGGAAUGGCCUUGUUGGGUUGUGAUGUUACAACAACUGACCAAGUCGAGGUGCUCCCACUGCUUAUGAGAAAUGUUGAACGUAACAGAUCUUGGAUUUCACAAUCGAACUCUGACUCAGGUUCCAUUGGCUCAAUUACAGUUGCAGAAUUGGACUGGGGGAACAAAGAACAUAUUAAGGCUGUGGAACCUCCAUUUGACUACAUCAUUGGAACUGACGUUGUUUAUUCAGAGCAUCUGCUGCAACCUCUAAUGGAGACAAUUACUGCAUUAUCUGGUCCUAAAACAAAAAUAUUGUUAGGAUACGAGAUCCGUUCGACCACCGUCCAUGAAAAGAUGAUGGAAAUGUGGAAAAGCAAUUUUGUUGUGAAAACCGUCUCUAAGUCAAAGAUGGAUGCAAAAUAUCAACAUCCUAGCAUAUAUCUCUACAUGAUGGACCCCAAAGCCCCAUUGUUGACUGAGGCUGGCGCUAGCGAUAAUGGCAACGAGGAGGAAGAGGAUGUUUUGAAUCCAGGGGAAGAUGAAGAUCCUGGAGUGAAGAGUGAACCUUGUUGUGGCUCACAAGAAGCUAGUCUUGAUGACUGGGAAAUCAGAAGAUGCGGGGCUAUGGCUGCAAGGCUUCUCAAGGAUGUGAAAUUGUAAUGUGAAUCUCGGAUCUGAAUUCUUGCGCAGAUGAUGUUGUUUCUUUACCUUGUAUUAAUAGGACAGCGGGUGUUGUACACUUGUACUUUCUCCUUGGAGCAUGUUGAUUUGUUUUUCCUUUAUGUUUUUCAUUUCAAAUGAGGAGAAGAAUUCUGCAGCUCCCUGAUAUUGUCCUUGAUCA